AAACUUCAGCUUUGUGUCGGCAGCCGACAGCGCGACGUCUAGAGUGUCCUCGCAUUCCUCCCUUGUCACUUUGGACACUACCGCCUUUACGAUGUCGCGGUGAUUCUCUGCGCUGCAAAGGGCCCAAAGUGCGUCUACAGCGCUUCUUUGCCGCCAACCACUCCCUACCGAUAACCCUGCGUCCGAUCAAGCCACCACCCUGAUCCCUGCCAUCCGCGGCCCCAUUCCUUCCCUGUUGUAUUGUUAUCAUGACCGGUUUCUUGGAUUUACCACUGGAAAUUCGCAAUGUUGUCUAUGAUUUCCUGCUCCGAGAAGAGCUGGAACCCCACUUCCGAGCCGUUAUGGCCGUUUCGGAGGUAUAUGUCAAAGAGCGUCUGCCCCUUCGGAACUACCGCGGCCUUUUACAGACUUGUCGAAAGACAUACUGCGAGUUCAAGCAAGCAAUACAACAUCUGGCGGCUUCAAAGCAGCUAGAGUACGAACUGGACAUUACGUUUUCCCACGGCCGGCCAUAUUUCGCUUUGACAUGGGUGUGGUUUCCCGGAUUAUCGUCCACUAUCAACUCGCUCGUCGUCAAUGUGGACCUGCGCAUCCGGGAACCUUUCUAUUACGAAGGACAUUUCCAAUCCCCGCACGACCACGAGCUUGCCCAUCUUAUCGAGGACGUAUCCGAGAGUUUCGCAGAGCAAUUGUUCGACUACAUAGCUAUCCUACUUAAGACGCUGGCAAAUCUUCUUUCGUAUGGCGAUUCAAGAUUCAACCUAUUGUACACCGAGAGUCUUAUUCUCAACUUCCGCACACCGACCACCAUGGUGCCGGGUUUGGAGGUUCCACGAGCAGAGCAGCGCCGUGUCAAUGUUGACGCGGACGAAGCUGAAGACCUACUCGAGACGAUGCAGACAACCCUCAAAGCGAACGCGAAAGCUUUUCAAGCAUUUGCCGCUAGUCAAUGCGGCUUGUUGUCACCCCUGAUCCAAAUCGGAUCGCUCCAGUUCGCGGUAGAGGGCGUGGUAUGGGGCGAAGGACAUAACCUGAUUCUUGCGCACAACGACUUUCAAUGGUUGCAGUAUUGAUACCUGGUUGGUGCGGCGUUUUCAGCGUGACGGCCGAGAGAGUAUCGACAUUCUAACGACUUUACGACAUCUGCUUCGAGUAUAUUCUGGCGUUGAUUGCAGCAAGACAUGCUAUUUCAGCGAUCAAGAUUUUGUUUGGGCGGUUUC